GUAGGAGUCGAUAAGUCUCUUCAGAAAGUGAAUGUUCGCAUGAAGCUGCAAAAGUGCUGGGUAUGUCAAAAAGAAUACGGAGUGUUUGAUUGUGGGCGACAGAUAUGUCUCAAGCCAGAAGGAAAAGACAUCGAAAAGGUGCAAACAAUUGAGGGUCUUCCAGGGGCCGCUAUAUUCAACCAGAACCGUGAGCUGAUGGGCAUCUUGUCGUAUGGAUUCGCCACUGGUAGCUUUGUCGCAGAAAGCGUACGUUACUAUAAACUGUUUCUGGAAAAGACGAGGCAAUCCUUCUACACUGAUAACAAUGUUGUAGAUCAGGGGUCGGCAACCAUUUCAAUAUAAGGAACCGCGCAGCUAUAGUAAAAUUGUAAGAUGAGGGCAAGAAAAACGAUAGUGCAGUAGGUAACAGUUGUUAAAUAUGGGCCGAUAUGAUCCCACGAGCAUGUUUUAAAGUCACAUGAGUUGACGACAAUGGGACCGAGAAUCAGUUUUAGGAUCUAUUCAAUACCUGUAUGUGUAUGUAUUGCUUCGAAUCACGGACACUAAUGGCAUUUUUGGUAUGUCAUGUUUUCCGCAUUAUUAGCAUUUAAAAAAAUCCUGCCUCGAAUUCCGGACAGAAUUAAACACGGGUUUUAAUGAAAUACAGAGCAUAAUUUGAUAACUACUUCUACAAUAGAUUCCGAUGUAUUCCAUUGCACGUGGACGAGAUUAAUAGGUACUAGCGAAGAAAUUACACAGCUAAGAAUGCCUGAUUGAUCAACAGAAAAUAUUCACUUACUGUGACAUCAGGACCUACAGAGUUCAGACACAUUUUUAAUUGAUUUUAGUACAGCAUGGCAUUUAUAUAAAAUUGAAAAGCGUUAUUGGACUAGAUAUAAAGAAAUCAAAUAAAAACAUGAUAUGUGUCUGGAGUUUGAAGCUAUCCGUAAUUUGAAUCAUAACGGUACAUAAAAUGACCCUCGAUGAACAUAAAAUUAAGAUUGUGAGCAUUCUAGUAUUGGCUCUUAAGGGUGUUGGAUAAUCUGGAGUGGAAUCGUGAAUGCACUCCGACUCCGGAUCUGGAAAAUGGAAGACGACCCUGG